AUGACUGGUGGCAAGAGUGAUUGUGGUGUGCCACCGCGUUUUAAUUUUGCUGAGCUGAAGGAGGAGCACAGAAAUCAGAAUAAGUUUGCUGUUGGUAACAAAGUGGAAUACAACUGUCGCCCAGGUUAUAGCAAGGUACAAAGAUCCACUCUUCAGUGCAUGCCAUAUUCUCGAUGGUCAGACGCUGGAGAGUUUUGCAAGGCAAAAUCAUGCCGUCACCCUGGAGAGCCAGAAAAUGGCAGACUUGUUAUUCUAACAGAUCUCAUGUUUGGUGCAACAGUAAACUUCAUCUGUGAAGAGGGGUACAGACUAAUUGGAAAUGCAGAAAGAAAAUGUGUGCUUGAAGGAUCACAAGUUAUAUGGGACAAAGAUAUUCCAUACUGUCAAGUGAUACCUUGCAAGCCUCCUCCAGAAAUAGAGCACGGGACACACACUGGGACAACGAUGGAGGAAUUCAACUAUGGGACAUCUGUCACUUACCAGUGUAACACUGUAGAAAGGGGACGGGUUCCUUUCUCACUUAUUGGAGAGCCCUCCAUUCACUGUACAUCCACGGAUAAUAUAAAUGGAGACUGGAGUGGGCCUGCCCCUGAAUGCAAAGUCGUUCGCUGUGAACAGCCAAGAGUUGACCAUGGAAAACAGAUGACUGGAUAUAGUCCUGUAUACACCUACAGAGCCUCUGUUCUGUUUGAGUGUGAACACCGCUACACCCUCAAAGGCAGUAACGUACUUCAUUGCAAUGAAAAUAGUAGAUGGGAUCCUCAGUUACCAGUUUGUGAGCGAAAAAUUAGAUGUCCAUUUCCAAACAUUCCCAAUGGAAGAGCAAUACCUGGAAAAGAAACCUAUGAGUAUGAGGACAAGAUUCGCAUUGAAUGUAAUCGCGGUUACGCCCUCAAAGACAAGAAUGGAUCGAUUAAGUGCGACCGUAAUCGUGCAUGGCAUCCUCCAUUACCAAUUUGCGAACCAGAGAUUCCUCGUUGUCCAAAUCCAGUGAUUGAACAUGGAAAACAGGUCUCUAUACGUGAAACUGAAUAUACAGUUGGAAACAGUGUUGAGUUUCAAUGUGAAUCUGGCUACAUCCUCAAAGGCAACAAGUUGAUUGAAUGCCAGGUACGGAUGGGCAGUGGCGGUGAGAUAGCGAUUACACUGCGAGGGAGACGUUGUGGGAUGGUUCAGCAGUGGGACUGA